AUGACAGCAGUUCCAGAAUACCGCUCAGUGUUUGAGUACUGUCUUCAAGACUCUGCUCUACAGGAUCUCAGAGAAGUUACUGGUAUCCAUGAGCCUCCUGAACACACCCAGAAUGCAUCACACGGCCAGAAUCCAUCACACACCCAGAAUCCAUCACACGGCCAGAAUCCAUCACACACCCAGAAUGCAUCACACGGCCAUGGUGGGUAGCUAGCUGUACCCUGAUGUAGCUUUAUGUGUUGGACAUCCUGAAAGCAGUGAUUGUGGCUCUACUGGUAGUUUAUUUAUCAUAGAAAUAGUGCAUGGGUAAAUAGUCAUUAAUAUACUUAACAAAAAUAUAAAACGCAACAUGUAAAGUGUUGGUCCCAUGUUUCAUUAGCUGAAAUAAAAGAUCCCAGACAUUUUUCCCAUACGCACAAAAAAAGCUUAUUUCUCUCAAAUGUCGUGCACAAAUGUGUUUACAUCCCUGUUAGUGAGCGUUUCUCCUUUGCCAAGAUAAUCCAUCCACCUGACAGGUGUGGCAUAUCAAGAAGCUGAUUAAACAGCAUGAUCAUUACACAGGUGCACCUUGUGCUGGGGACAAUAAAAGGCCACUCUAAAAUGUGCAGUUUUGUCACACAACACAAUGCCACAGAUGUCUCAAGUUUUGAGGGAGCGUGCAAUUGGCAUGCUGACUGCAGGAAUGUCCACCAGAGCUGUUGCCAGAGAAUUUAAUGUUAAUUUCUCUACCAUAAGCCGCCUCCAAUGUUGUUUUUGAGAAUUUGGCAGUACGUCCAACCGGCCUCACAACCGCAGACCACGUUUAACCGCGCCAACACAGGACCUCUACAUCCGGCUUCUUCACCUGCGGGAUCGUCUGAGACCGGCCACCUGGACAGCUGAUGAAACUGAGGAGUAUUUCUGUCUCUAAUAAAAUCCCUUUUGAUUGGCUGGGCCUGGCUCCCCAGUGGGUGGGCUAUGCCCUCCAAGGCCCACCCAUUGCUGCGCCCCUACCCAGUCAUAUGAAAUCCAUAGAUUAGGGCCUAAUUAAUUUAUUUAAUUUGACUGAUUUCCUUCUAUGAACUGUUCGGUAUAGUAUAUCACCCAUGUUACUCAAGGACUGAAUGUAUGUCAUCCAAACAGGAGUGGCUGUAUGCCCCAAGGAGGAUCUCCUGGAUGACACACAGCCAGAGAGAGAGAGCAGCCUGGGGAGAGAUGUGUCUGACAGGAUGGUGUGCUCGGCCUGCCAGUGCCCCUUCGACACCCGGGAGGAGCAGGUGAAUAAACCGACUGACGGUUGGGAUGGACUGACCACGGACAUAAUGGAGAGAUUCACCCAUUUUGAAUAUUAUAUUGUUUUUUUUUUGGCAUCUCUGAGCGAUGUUCUAUCGAUUCCCGGUUGGUGUUACGAUACCAACAUUAUACUAACGAUACGAUUCCAGGCCAAGCAUCAAAUUUACCGAGUAGUAUCGCGAUACCACGGGGGGGAAAAUUCAGUGGCUUAGCAUCCUCCUGUUAGCGCCGUCCCCCCUACGCUUGGUCCCAUUCUAGAAACGUUAUGUGCAAGGGCUACGUAAAAACCUGUCACUGAUAUUCACACUUCUACUCAAUACAACACAUAUUGAAUUAACUUCACACUGUUCACUGAUAUUCACACUUCUACUCAAUACAACACAUAUUUAAUUAACUUCACACUGUUCACUGAUAUUCACACUUCUACUCAAUACAACACAUAUUGAAUUAACUUCACACUGUUCACUGAUAUUCACACUUCUACUCAGUACAACACAUAUUGAAUUAACUUCACACUGUUCACUGAUAUUCACACUUCUACUCAAUACAACACAUAUUGAAUUGACUUCACACUGUUCACUGUAUAAUAUAAUACUGCAUAGAAUGGCUAAAUUUGCUCAUAUUCACAAAGGCCUACCUGUGAUUUGGCUGGAGGAAUGGGAGGAAGGAACAACUUUCCAUGACAGACUGACCAGGUGAAUCCAAGUCAAAGUUAUGAUCCCUUAUUGAUGUCACUUGAUAAAUCCACUUCAAGCCUCAUGUCCACCAGAUGCGUCAAACUCUUUGCGUUCCGACGGAAGUCAUUCAUUGUCAAUGGAGCAGUCCGCAACGCUACGUUGGGGGUGCCUCGCUAGGCUGCGGUGCGUUCUGUGUACCGCAUGUGUUCAAUAUGUACAACUCGUGCGUUGCUUUACCGUGCGGUGGUACAAACAGAAGUUCAUAAACAGUCAAGCCAGUUAGAUAGCUAGCUAGCUAGCUAGCUAGCUAGCUAACUACAAAGCUAACCACUUUGCUAGAUAGCUUAGCUAAAGAAACUGCCAGCACCUAGCUUCCACUUUCCAGCUAAUUAUUUCACAUUCAACUGACCAGGUAAUCCAAUCGUAUUGGUAAUGUGUCUCAAUGCAGCAUUAUUAGCAUGGAGGUCCCGGUAGCAAUCGGCGCUUUGGUCGAACACGACAGGGAACCCAGAGACAGCGAAAAUGACCUUCUCCAUGCUGCAAACCUUUCUGCAGCCGUGCGAAACAUCAAGUAUGGAAAAUGCGGACUAGACAUCCGGCAAAAACAAUAUACAGCAAAACGAAUGGACAGUUUCAGGUUACAGCGUGACAGCACUCAGACUGGCCUGUGCUAUUGGUUAUAACAGGCGAUGAAGUGAUACAAUGUAUCAACUUUGCUGCUCCAAUGUAACACAUCUAACAGAAUACUCAUCAGGGUCUGCACCCCCAUGGCUAAAUUAUAUUUAAAAAAACUGACGGCGGAAUAGAUGUGCAGGAAGCGCAGCCUGAGAGAAGCAAGCGAGUGAGUGAUGCCCCGUUUACACCAAAUUUUCAUCUUCUCUGGUUUGGUAACUUCAUUUUCUUCGACGGACGCUAGCUGGACUGAAGACUGCGCAAAGUUUGGAAAAUGUCAAAGUAUGCUGCGUCCGUCUCGCAACGACGGAGCCUUCAACCCGCAAGGUGGCGUUGCAUUUCCACUCCGUUGUGGACGUCCCCAUUUGAAAUGCAUCCGGCGCAACGUAACAGAGUGCUUAUGGGUAAUGUGAACGAGGCUUUUGGGUUGGAAGGGGAUGCGACUGGCGGAUUCUUACAGCUGGUACACGUGAUAUGCGCGUGAAAGUGAAGUGCUUAAUAUUGGACCGGCGCAUACGAGAGACUAGUGGAUGUUGCUUAAAUUCAACUGAAUUUAUAAAUUGAAUGAACUUAUAAACAUUUGAUAACAGGCGCCGGCAGGUUCUUUAGAUCGGAAGGCAGAAAGAGUCUGUAGUAUCAUAUGAAACGGUACUACGGUAUUCUAAAGUGUUGGUAUCAUGAUGUUUUGGUACCGUGAUAUUACCGUGAUACCGGUACAUCUUGCAACACUAUUUCCCGGUCAUUUCCCGUGUCAUUUCAUGUGUAUGACGUGUUUUCGCAUCAUAUGACAUGUAAUACCAACUGUGUUUCUGCCCAAUCAUGAGCAGCAAUAGCGCAACAUACACAUGAAAACAUGAAAUGACACCGGGAAUCUCCCGAGUGGCGCAGUGGUCUAAGGCACUGCAUCACAGUGCUAGCUGUGCCACUAAAGAUCCUGGUUCGAAUCCAGGCUCUGCUGUAGCCGGCCGCAACCGGGAGACCCAUGGGGCGGCGCACAAUUGGCCCAGCGUCGUCCAGGGUAGGGGAGGGAAUGGCCGGCAGGGAGGUAGCUCAGUUGGUAGAGCAUGGCGUUUGCAACGCCAGGGUUGGGGGAAUCGAACCCACAAUAAAAAAGAAUAAUGUAUGCACUAACUGUAAGUCGCUCUGGAUAAGAGCGUCUGCUAAAUGACGUAAAUGUAAAAUGUAAAUGAAUCGAUAGAAAAUCGCUCGGGGAUGCCCAAAACGAUAUAACAUUCAAAAUGGGCGAAUCUUUCCUUUUUAUAAGGAUAUUUCAGGAUUUUGGCAAUGAGGCCCUUUUAUCUACUUCCCCAGAGUCAGAUGAACUCGUGGAUACCAUGUUUAUGUAUCUGCGUGCAGUUUGAAGGAAGUUGCUAAACUAGCGUUAGCGCAAUGACUAGUAGUAUAUUAUAUAGUCUAGCGAGUACCAUAGACUUCUUCAAGUCAUUGCGCUAACGCUAGUUAGCAUUGGCUCGCGAAACGACCUCCAACUUCCUUCAUACUGGACGCAGAGACCUAAAAAUGAUAACCAUGAGUUCAUCUGACUCUGGGAAAGUAGAUCGGGCCUCAUUGCCAACAUCCUGAAGUAUCCCUUUAAGUAGAUCGGGCCUCAUUGCCAACCAUCCUGAAGUAUCCCUUUAAGGUAGGAUCGGGCCUCAUUGCCAACAUUCCUGAGUAAUCCCCUUAAGUAGAUCGGGGCCUCAUUGCCAACAUCCUGAAGUAUCCCCUUUAAGUCGAUCGGGCCUCAUUGCCAACAUCCUGAAAGUAAUCCCUUGAAGUAGAUCGGGCCUCAUUGCCAACAUCCAUGAAGUAUCCCCCCUUUUAAGUAUGAUCGGGGCCUCAUUGCCAACAUUCCUGAAGUAUCCCUUUACGUAGAAUCGGGCCGCAUUGCCAACAUCCUGAAGUAUCCCUUUAAGUAGAUCGGGCCUCAUUGCCAACAUCCUGAAGUAUCCCUUUAAGUAGAUCGGGCCUCAUUGCCAACAUCCUGAAGUAUCCCUUUAAGUAGAUCGGGCCUCAUUGCCAACAUCCUGAAGUAUCCCUUUAAGUAGAUCGGGCCUCAUUGCCAACAUCCUGAAGUAUCCCUUUAAGUAGAUCGGGCCUCAUUGCCAACAUCCUGAAGUAUCCCUUUAAGGAGAUUCGGGCCUCUUGCCAACACCCCUGAAGUAUCCCUUUAAGUAAUCGGGCCUCAUUGAUUGCCCAACAUCCAGAAGGUAUCCCUUUAAGUAAUCGGGCCUCAUUCCCAACAUCCUGAAGUAUCCCUUUAAGUAGAUCGGCCUCUUGCCAAACAUCCUGAAGUAUCCCUUUAAGUAGAUCGGGCCUCAUUGCCAACAUCCUGAAGUAUCCCUUUAAGUAGAUCGGGCCUCAUUGCCAACAUCCUGAAGUAUCCCUUUAAGUAGAUCGGGCCUCAUUGCCAACAUCCUGAAGUAUCCCUUAAGUAGAUCCCCAUUGCCAACAUCCUGAAUAUCCUUUAUGUAGUCGGCCCCACCAACUGAACCUUAAAACGAGCUUUUUGAUCCCUUUAUAGUAGAUCGGGCCUCAUGCCAAAUCUGAAGUUUGAGUUAAGUAGACUCGAUGGGACUACAUAAGCUAGAAGAUAUCCUUAAUGAGCAGUAGUUGGAAAAAACGCACUCAGUAUGCGACCAACUGUUGUUUGUUUGUUGUGAAACAAUCUUUUAUAGUAACUGGACUAACACAAUAACGAACGAAUUAGAAAAUAUUUAUAUGAAUAUAAAAUUUAAAUGCGAGAUGAGUUGACGUUGACACAGCGUAUAUUGGGUGGAGUUAGUGGACUGGCAACCGUGUAGAGGAGAGGAUAGAGAGGGCUCUGCCAGCUGAGAGUUGGAAGACGUGUGGUUUCCAACACUCAGACAACAUUGCAUGGUUCUAAGUUUCUAAAUUUUUAAGUGUUCUAACCAUACCAUCACUCACAAAUAAAAGCUCAAUACAGGUGGAUUUUGGAAGCUAUCUGACACCUUUGUUUUUGUUUGUGUGAGAACCAGUCAUUUAGUUAAAUAAAAAAACGAAAAUAAUCAUGACUAAACUAUUAAAACGGAAAUAACAUAAACAAAGCAAGGAAUGUUCCACGAGCAGCACAAGCAAUAUUGAGGUGGUUGACCUGGCUGAGGCAACCGACUGUAGAGGAGAGGAGUCAGAAGAGGUGCUCUGCUUCAGCUGAAAGUUGGACACUGAUGUGGUUUUCCAACAGCUCAGAUCAACAUGGCAGUGUUGCCAUGGUUUAUAAAAGGUUAUCUUCAUAAUGUUGAAAUAAACAUGUAUCUAACCUCCAUAUCAUACACUCACAAACUAAAAGCAUAAUACAGUGCAUUUGGAAAGUAUUCAGACCCCUUGACUUUUUCCACAUUUUGUUACGUUACAGCCUUAGUCUAAAUAAAAAAAAUCCUCAUUGAGAAAUCAUGUGACUAAACUGAAUAAAAACAGGAAACUACACUAUGAAACAAAGUUCAAGGUCCAAUAGGUUACCACUGAAGGUCUAGGCCCAAUAGGUUACCACUGAAGGCCCAAUAGGUCACCACUGAAGGUCCAAUAGGUUACCACUGAAGGCCCAAUAGGUCACCACUGAAGGUCCAAUAGGUUACCACUGAAGGUCCAAUAGGUUAUCACUGAAGGCCCAAUAGGUUACCACUGAAGGUCCAAUAGGUUACCACUGAAGGCCCAAUAGGUCACCACUGAAGGUCCAAUAGGUUACCACUGAAGGUCCAAUAGGUUAUCACUGAAGGCCCAAUAGGUCACCACUGAAGGUCCAAUAGGUUACCACUGAAGGUCCAAUAGGUUACCACUGAAGGCCCAAUAGGUUACCACUGAAGGCCCAAUAGGUUACCACUGAAGGUCCAAUAGGUUACCACUGAAGGUCCAAUAGGUCACCACUGCCCAAACAUGUCUAUAAUAGAUAAAAAGGCUGCAGGUAUUAAUGUUUUAUGAAAGGAUAUAUUUUGCCUGGCGAAGCAGGUUUAUGUGCUUACUGAAUGGAAGCUGAUAAUUAUGAGCUUUUUACUCCACUGGUCUCAGCUAGUCUCGGGAAGAAAUUACGAGUCCUCACUGUCCGAGACAGAGUCAAGAUGUAUCUGAUACCAGACACCGAGACAAGACUGAGACACUCAAAAUGUGGUCUCGACCGUACUCACUACAACACUGGUGAUAGCUACGGGAAUUGCUGCUGAAAUUGACCCACUACUACUGUUUACUUUGUCCAUCUACGUCAUCUCUCCGAGUCUACCUGUAAACCCAACGUGACCUGACCCAUCGCCUUAUGCAUUACUAACUGAAGCUAAACUGAAUUUCAAAUGAAAAUCUUAAAACUUAGAUUUUGCUAGACAUGUCUCCUGUGGACAGAGCAGAUUAGUACCUACAAGGGAAUAGAAUGAAAAGACUAGGGUUGUGUCUCAAAUUUACAUAUUAGUCAUUUAGCAGACGGUCUUAUCCAGAGCGACUUACAGGAGCAAUUAGGGUUAAGUGCCUCGCUCAAGAGCACAUCGACAGAUUUAUCACCUAGUCGGCUCGGGGAUUAGAACCAGCGACCUUUCGGUUACUGGCACAACGCUCUUAACCACUAAGCUACCUGCCGCCCCAAAUGGUACCCUGUUCCCUAUAUAGUGCUCUACUUUCAAUAAUGAGUGCUGGUCAAAAGCAGUGCUCUACUCUAUUGUACUACUAAUUUGGUCUGUCCACAGGAGACAUGUCUAGCAUCUCAGGUUCUGACUCGGAGCAGGAGGAGCCAGACGGUGACUGGGCUGUGGGCAACGCCGAGGCCGGUCCUCUACAGAAGGAUGACAGUGUCCUAGAAGAGGAAUCCUUCGGUCGCCUCUCCAACAGGGUCGUGUUCCAGAACUCUCAGGGCCAGUACCUGGCUGUCUACCGUUGUAUUCUGCAGAGCAAGGUGAGACCCUUUUCCCCUAUAAUGGACUUGGGCAGACUUGGGAUCUCAACACAAAAUAUUCGGCUCCCUUGGGAAUGAAUAAAGAAUGAGUUAUGUUAUUAUUAUUAUGAGUUACAGUGCUGUGAAAAAAGUAUUUGCCCCCUUUCUAAUUUUCUCUACAUAUUUUUGUUACUGAAUGUUAUCAGAUCUUCAACCAAAACCUAAUAAUAGAUCAAGGGAACCUGAGUGAACAAAUAAAACAACAAUUACAGUUGAAGUCGGAAGUUUACAUACACUUAGGUUGGAGUCAUUAAAAGUAGUUUUUAAACCACUCCACACAUUUCUUGUUAAUAAACCAUAGUUUUGGCAAGUCGGUUAGGACAUCUACUUUGUGCAUGACACAAGUAAUUUUUCCAACAAUUGUUUACAGACAGAUUAUUUCACUUAUAAUUCACUUUAUCACAAUUCCAGUGGGUCAGAAGUUUACAUACACUAAGUUGACGGUGCCUUUAAACAGCUUGGAAAAUUCCAGAAAAUGAUGUCAUGGCUUUAGAAGCUUCUGAUAGGCUAAUUGACAUCAUUUGAGUCAAUUGGAGGUGUACCUGUGGAUGUAUUUCAAGGCCUACCUUCAAACUCAGUGCCUCUUUGCUUGACAUCAUGGGAAAAUCAAAAGAAAUCAUACAAAGAUCGUACUUUUUGGAGAAAUGUCCUCUGGUCUGAUGAAACAAAAAUAUAACUGUUUGGCCAUAAUGUCCAUCGUUAUGUUUGGAGGAAAAUGGGGGAUGCUUGCAAGCCGAAGAACACCAUCCCAACCGUGAAGCACAGGGGUGGCAGCAUCAUGCUCUGGGGGUGCUUUGCUGCAGGAGGGACUGGUGCACUUCACAAAAUAGAUGGUAUCAUGAGGAAGGAAAAUUAUGUGGAUAUAUUGAAGCAACAUCUCAAGACAUCAGUCAGGAAGUUAAAGCUUGGUCGCAAAUGGCUCUUCCAAAUGGACAAUGACCCCAAGCAUACUUCCAAAGUUGUGGCAAAAUGGCUUAAGGACAACAAAGUCAAGGUAUUGGAGUGGCCAUCACAAAGCCCUGACCUCAAUCCUAUAGAAUAUUUGUGGGCAGAACUGAAAAGGCGUGUGCGAACAAGGAGGCCUACAAACCUGACUCAGUUACACCAGCUCUGUCAGGAGGAAUGGGACAAAAUUCACCCAACUUAUUGUGGGAAGCUUGUGGAAGGCUACCCGAAACGUUUGACCCAAGUUAAACAAUGUAAAGGCAAUGCUACCAAAUACUAAUUGAGUGUAUGUAAACUUCUGACCCACUGGGAAUGUGAUGAAAUAAAUAAAAGCUGAAAUAAAUCAUUCUCUCUACUAUUAUUCUGACAUUUCACAUUCUUAAAAUAAAGUGGUGAUCCUAACUGACCUAAGACAAUUUUUACUAGGAUUAAAUGUCAGGAAUUUGUGAAAAACUGAGUUUAAAUGUAUUUGGCUAAGGUGUAGUAAACUUCCGACUUCAACUGUACAUACUUAUUUCAUAAACAAAGUUAUGCAACACCCAAUGCCCUUGUGUGAAAAAGUAAUUGCCCCCUUACACUCAAUAACUGGUUGUGCCAGAUUUAGCUGCAAUGACUCCAACCAAAUGCUUUCUGUAGUUGUUGAUCAAUCUCUCACGUCGCUGUGGAGGAAUUUUGGCUCACUCUUCCAAGCAGAACUGCUUAAACUCCCAACAUUUGUGGGUUUUCAAGCAUGAACCGCUCGUUUCAAGGCCUGCGACAACAUCUCAAUUGGGAUUAGGUCUGGACUUUGGCUAGGCCAUUCCAAAACGUCCAAUUUGUUGCCAUUUUCAUGUAGACUUGAUUGUGUGGUUUGGAUCAUUGUCUUGCUGCAUGACCCAGCUGCGCUUCAGCUUCAGCUCACAGACGGAUGGUCUGACAUUCUCCUGUAGAAUUCUCUGAUACAGAGCAGAAUUCAUGGUUCCUUCUAUUAAGGCAAGUCGUCCAGGUCCUGAGGCAGCAAAGCAUCCCCAAACCAUCACACCACCACCACCAUGCUUGACCGUUGGUAUGAGGUUCUCACUGUGGAAGGCAGUGUUUGGUUUUCACCAGGCAUAAUAGGACCCAUGUCGUCCAAAAAGUUGACUCCAGUUUGCCAAAAAGCACCAGGAAGCACCUGCAUGAUCAUCAAGACUCUUGGAAGAAUGUUCUAUGGACAGAUUAGUCAAAAGUAGAACUUUUUGGACGACAUUUCUAUAAUUAUUUCAUCCACUCUGUAUUUCAGUCUGCCAUAGAGAAAGACUGUAAGAUGGCUGACAGACAUGGCCGCUCUGCUUCCAGCUCCUAAGCAACAGACAUGGCAGCUCUGCUUCUAGCUCCUAAGCAACAGACAUGGCAGCUCUGCUUCUAGCUCCUAAGCAACAGACAUGGCAGCUCUGCUUCUAGCUCCUAAGCAACAUACAUGGCAGCUCUGCUUCUAGCUCCUAAGCAACAUACAUGGCAGCUCUGCUUCUAGCUCCUAAGCAACAGACAUGGCAGCUCUGCUUCUAGCUCCUAAGCAACAGACAUGGCAGCUCUGCUUCUAGCUCCUCAGCAACAGACAUGGCAGCUCUGCUUCUAGCUCCUAAGCAACAGACAUGGCAGCUCUGCUUCUAGCUCCUAAGCAACAGACAUGGCAGCUCUGCUUCUAGCUCCUAAGCAGCAGACAUGGCAGCUCUGCUUCUAGCUCCUAAGCAACAGACAUGGCAGCUCUGCUUCUAGCUCCUAAGCAACAGACAUGGCAGCUCUGCUUCUAGCUCCUAAAGCAACAGACAUGGCAGCUCUGCUUCUAGCUCCUAAGCAACAGACAUGGCAGCUCUGCUUCUAGCUCCUAAGCAACAGACAUGGCAGCUCUGCUUCUAGCUCCUAAGCAGCAGACAUGGCAGCUCUGCUUCUAGCUCCUAAGCAACAGACAUGGCAGCUCUGCUUCUAGCUCCUAAGCAGCAGACAUGGCAGCUCUGCUUCUAGCUCCUGAGCAACAGACAUGGCAGCUCUGCUUCUAGCUCCUAAGCAACAGACAUGGCAGCUCUGCUUCUAGCUCCUAAGCAACAGACAUGGCAGCUCUGCUUCUAGCUCCUAAAGCAACAGACAUGGCAGCUCUGCUUCUAGCUCCUAAAGCAACAGACAUGGCAACUCUGCUUCUAGCUCCUAAGCAACAGACAUGGCAGCUCUGCUUCUAGCUCCUAAGCAACAGACAUGGCAGCUCUGCUUCUAGCUCCUAAGCAACAGACAUGGCAGCUCUGCUUCUAGCUCCUAAAGCAACAGACAUGGCAGCUCUGCUUCUAGCUCCUAAAGCAACAGACAUGGCAACUCUGCUUCUAGCUCCUAAGCAACAGACAUGGCAGCUCUGCUUCUAGCUCCUAAAGCAACAGACAUGGCAGCUCUGCUUCUAGCUCCUAAGCAACUUUGCAGUAUUUUGUUUUUUUGUGUGUUAUUUCUUUGUUAGAUACUGUUGGAGCUAGGAACACAAGUAUUUCGCUACACCCGCAAUAACAUCUGCUAAAAUAUGUGUAUGUGACCAAUAACAUUUGAUUUGACAUGGUGGCAUCUCCACAGUCUCAGUAACAAGCCAAUAUGCAUUUCAGUCUGCCAUAAAGGAAGACCUGGUGGCCUCUCUACAGUCUCAGUCUUCCAUAAAGGAAGACCUGGUGGCCUCUCUACAGAGUCUCAAUAACAAGACUAUGUGGGUCAUUCUGAUGGCAGGUGGUGGACACUUCGCUGGAGCUGUGUUUCAAGGGUCAGUGAUGAGAAGCCUGGCUUCAUAUUCUUCAUAGUUGUCAGAAAUGGUACCGUAUUCUCUAAAUGGUGCGCUGUAGGGCUCUGGUCAAAAAAUUGUGCAGUGGGUCCUGGGCACAGGUCUAAAGUAGUGUCCUGUGUAGGGAGUAGAGCCCCGGGGUAGGGAGUAGAGCCCUGGGGUAGGGAGUAGAGCCCCGGGUUAGGGAGUAGAGCCCCGGGGGUAGGGAGUAGAGCCCCGGGGGUAGGGAGUAGAGCCCCGGGGGUAGGGAGUAGAGCCCCGGGGGUAGGGAGUAGAGCCCCGGGGUAGGGAGUAGAGCCCCGGGGUAGGGAGUAGAGCCCCGGGGUAGGGAGUAGAGCCCCGGGGUAGGGAGUCGAGCCCCGGGGUAGGGAGUAGAGCCCCGGGGUAGGGAGUAGAGCCCCGGGGUAGGGAGUAGAGCCCCGGGGUAGGGAGUAGAGCCCCGGGGUAGGGAGUAGAGCCCCGGGGUAGGGAGUAGAGCCCCGGGGUAGGGAGUCGAGCCCCGGGGUAGGGAGUCGAGCCCCGGGGUAGGGAGUAGAGCCCCGGGUAGGGAGUAGAGCCCCGGGUAGGGAGUAGAGCCCCGGGUAGGGAGUAGAGCCCCGGGGUAGGGAGUAGAGCAAAGUGUAACAAAAUGUGGAAAAAGUCAAGGGGUCUGAAUACUUUCCGAAUGCACUGUAUAGGUCGGUAUUCAUUUUACGUCACAAUAAGGUGCAGAGCGUUCGUUUUGUCUGCUGGGGGAAGGAGAUCCCAGCUCCGCAAAAACCAUUGACAACUACGUGCUGUUUUCAUAUGAUUGUUAAAUACAUUUAAUAACUGUUUGGUUUUAAUAUCAUCACCUCUUGAAGAGCAUAGUCAGAACUACACAUUUCUGAUUAUUCCACAUUUAGCUCUAUCAUCGGAGAGUACAUGAUCAAUUGAUGUUACUGAUCAUGAAAAGCUUGCAGUUACCUACUGUAUAACUCCGAUGAUAGAGCUAAAUGUGGAAUAAUCAGAAAUGUGUAGUUCUGACUAUGCUCUUCAAGAGGUGAUGAUAUUAAAACCAAACCGUUAUUAAAUGUAUUUAACAAUCAUAUGAAAACAGCACGUAGUUGUCAAUGGUUUUUGCGGAGCUGGGAUCUCCUUUCCCCCCAGCAGACGAACGCUCUGCACCUUAUUGUGACAUUUUAUUAAUAACGACCUAUACAGUGCAUUCGGAAAGUAUUCAGACCCCUUGACUUUUCCCACAUUUUGUUACGUUACAGCCUUAUUCUAAAAUGGAUUCAAUUGUUUUUUCCCCCUCAUCAAUCUACACACAAUACCCCAUAAUGACAAAGCAAAAACAGAUUUUAGCAAAUGUAUUUAAAAAAAUAGAGAACUGAAACAUCACAUUUACAUAAGUAUUCAGACCCUUCGCUAUGAGACUCGAAAUUGAGCUCAGGUGCAUCCUGUUUCCAUUGAUCAUCCUUGAGAUGUUUCUACAACUUGAUUGGAGUCCACCUGUGGUAAAUUCAAUUGAUUGGACAUGAUUUGGAAAGGCACACACCUGUCUAUAUAAGGUCCCACAGUUGACAGUGCAUGUCAGAGCAUAAACCAAGCCAUGAGGUCGAAGGAAUUGUCCGUAGGGCUCCGAGACAGGAUUGUGUCGAGGCACAGAUCUGGGGAAGGGUACCAAAACAUUUCUGCAGCAUAUUGUGUAUUGUGUGUAUAUAUUGAUGAGGGAAAAAACAUAUUAAAUCAAUUUUAGAAUAAGGCUGUAACGUAAUAAAAUGUGGAAAAAUCAAAGGGUCCUAAUGCACUAUAAGUCUUCCUCUCAGUAUUAAAAUACGAAUCAUCUCCCCCACCUCUGCUGUUCUAUGUUCCAGGAGAGACGUGUUGCAGCACAAGACGUUCCAUCGGUACACUGUGAGAGCCAAGCGGGGGACAAGCCAGGGUCUGAGAGACGCUAAGAGCAGCAGUCACGCCCCUAAAUCAGCUGGAGCUGCCCUGAGGAGAUACAACGAGGCUGCACUAGUCAAGGCAACACAAAUACUCUUAUUUUGA